UGGACUAGCGCGAUGCCACGAAGGCAAAAAGCAAAACUUUCGAAAAUGUUUCUGGUUGAGUAAUGUCUUUUUUAUACAAUUUCCAUUGAACAAAAUGCAGGGAUUGUGGAAUUUAAUCGGUAAAAUGGGCAGUGGGGCCCAGAAUUUCCCGUAUGAAGUGGGAGAAAAGCUGCCGGCUUCUGAGAGCAAGUCUCCGUGGUCUGUUCACCAGGGCAAGAAAAAAGCUACGGGGCAAGCCGUUACAGUGUUUGCGUUAGACGUGAAGGCCUCGUCGGAUCAUAAGAUUCAGCUGGCUAAAUCUGCAAUCAAGAGGUUAAAGACUCUUCGCCACCCCAACAUAGUGACAUACAUUGAUAGUUUGGAGUCUGAUACCUUGAUCUACUUGGUAACUGAACCAGUCACUCCAUUAGAAAUAUACAUGGCGGAUGAGACCAGCAUUAAGUCUGACCUUGCCAUCUCCUGGGGAAUACACCAAAUAGCUGCUGGCCUCAGCUUCCUUCUGAAUGACUGUAACCUCAUGCAUGGUAACAUCUGCAUGGCAUCUAUAUAUGUGGAUGUGGCCGGGGAGUGGAAACUUGGUGGGGUUGAGUAUGUUCAACCUAUUGAGCCUCCUCCUGGUGCAGAUGUUACAGAUAACAGUAUACUGCCAGCACUUCAGGUGUAUGACCCUCCAGAGGGAAGGAAGUACAGUAAGAUGAACAAGAAAUUACAGAAAUGGUCAGCUGAUGUCUGGGGGCUGGGAUGUCUGAUAUGGGAAGUGUUCAAUGGGACGUUACCGCGACCUGCCUCUCUGAAGACUGUUGGCAAGAUUCCAAAGUCUCUCUUAGUACAUUAUGGGGAGCUAGUGAGCGCAAACCCUAGGAUACGGCCGAACCCUACCAAGUUUAUUGAGAAUUGUCGUGCUAGUGGCAAUUAUCUGGAUAAUGCCUUUGUUGAGGCCAAUCUCUUCCUCUCUGAACUUCAGAUCAAGGAUCCCAAAGAGCAAAAGAAAUUCUUUUCCUCACUGAGCUCAUCUGUUGACACAUUCCCUGAACUAUUCUGCAAGCACAGGAUCCUCCCACAGCUUAUUAAUGCUUUCGAGUUUGGUGCGGCUGGAUCUGCUGUGCUGGGACCCUUAUUCAAGGUUGGCAAGCUUCUUGAGUCUGAAGAAUAUGAGAAGAGAAUAGUGCCAUGUGUAGUCAAGCUUUUCUCAUCAACUGACAGAGCAACGAGAAUACAGCUUCUCCAACAGCUUGAGCUGUUCGUUCAGCACCUGAAGCCUCAAGUCGUUGACGAGCAGAUCUUUCCCCAUGUUGCCCUGGGCUUUGGAGACACCGUCCCUGCCAUGAGAGAACAGACGGUCAAGGCGAUGCUGCUGUUGACUCCAAAGCUGAGUGAGAAGACCAUCAAUAGCCAUCUGCUGAAGCACUUCGCCAAGUUACAGAUGGACCAAGAGGCGGGAAUAAGAACCAAUACUACAGUCUGUCUUGGCAAGAUAGCCUGUCAUCUACCACCUGCGACUAGACAGAAGGUUCUCGUGUCUGCGUUCCUACGUCCAUUUCGCGACCCGUUCCCACCCGCUCGGACUGCUGGCGUGAUGGCGUUCUGCGUGACCAGCGAGUUCUACCCUCUAAAGGAUGUGGCCGCACGUAUACUGCCGGCACUGUGUCCACUCACUGUGGACCCAGAGAAGAAAGUCCGCGACCAGACGUUCAAAGCGGUCAAGCUGUUUAUUGGUAAACUAGAAAAGGCGUCAGAGGACCCAGAAUCUGCCAUGAACACCGCAGCUGAUCAGUCGACUGCAGAUGGUAGCGCAUCGUCAUGGACAGGGUGGGCGGUCACCUCUCUAACCUCCAAGCUCUACAGGGGGGGAGCGCCUGCCGCCGCCGGCGCGCCCGGCCCCGCAACACCCCCAGCAGAGCAAGCUGGACCCCCGCCUGCUACAGGAAAACCAGUUACCGAUUCACCGCGUAGGCCACAACCACAAAAACCUCCGGCAACUCGGCCCAGUGCUACUCCGCCACCUGUGACAGGGGAUGAGUCUGGUAGCGACUAUGACGAGGACUGGGGAGGGGACUGGAGCGAGCCUAAGCCGACUCAGUCUCGUAGUAUUGUUGGCGAGAUGAGAAAUGACCUGAUGGCGGUCAAACAAGAGUGCGAAUCGUGGCAGAACGCCGCAGAGUCUAGAAAGGAUGCCGAGCAGGAAGAUGCAGAUAGCGGAAGUGAUUACGAUGACUGGAAUAACGAUGAUUGGUCCACAAUAACAAGUGACAAACCACAGGAUAAACCCGAUACAAGCUCAACAUACAGCAAUAAGGCCGGCCAGCCAAAGAGUGCGAGCCUGCUGUUUGCAGGGCCAGCGGAUACGUUUGGUGACAUCCCCUUCGCAGACGACCCUUUUUCUGGAUUGUCUAAUGUUGAACAAAAGAAAUCUGAUAAACUUGCGCGAUCUAAACGCCAACAAAAACCUGUCAACAAACCAUCAACGGAAGCUGGUACUAAAACGCAAGGAACGGCAAAGAAAACGCAAAACGACGGCGGAGGCUUUGGAGGGGGUAAUUGGGACACUUCUGACUGGGGUUCUCUCGAGUCGUCUGUACAGGAUCCAGUGCGAACUGGCUCUUUCGGCUCCACAAAGUCCUCGAAAUCGACAGCCAGUAGUGGUGGUGUUGGCGGGGGAGACUGGGGCCUAGAUGAGGUGGGCCCGCUUGAUAAUGUCCCUAGCGAUAAACCCAAAGUGAAAAGUGUGCCUGCAAAAACGGAGCCUCCUUCCCAUGCUUCUGCGGGUGGCUGGGACGGUGGGGGCUGGGACACUGGCGAUUGGGGAUCCAUGGACGCUGUCUCCACAGGGGGACCGAGUAAAGCAGAGUUAGCUAAGCAAAAACGAGAAGAAAGGAAGCAGCAAAGAUUGCUGGCAAUGAAGGAAAAACGGGCUGCUAAAGGGCCUUCCAAGCUAGGGGGGGUUAAAAUACAAUAAUCAAAAUACAAUGAAUUUUUCACUUCAAGUGAUUUCUUUUUCAUAGAAUUAUUUUAAAAUUUGUGUAUUAUAAGAGAUUCUAUAUUUAGGCAGUUUUUCACAAAAGAAGAAUUUGUAAUAAAUUCAUUUGAAGGUGGUUGAGGUUUUGCUCAUCACGUUUCUCUGAGAUUUUGCUCAUCACUCAUAAGAAUUCUAUCAUAUUGACAUUGACAUGAAAUGUAAUACACACUAGCUCCUCAUGCGAGAGAGGAUAUAUUCAUAGCGUUACAAGCGUCAGCAACUUGUAAAAUGAAUAGAAACCAGUUCUAGAGUAAAAAACUACAAUGCAUUG